AUGGCUUCGGCAGAUCCUGCACCGCAACCUUCAGCAGUCCCCACACCAGACCCUUCAAAAGGGCCAAAGCUAUCACUCGACAUUAUUUAUGCCAUCGGUCUGGCUAUAGUUGGCGACCCUUUCGAGCAAACCAGGCUCUAUGCAAAGAACGAUUGCAAUCCUGAAUAUGUUCCAGAUCGCACCACUCUUCACCGUCUGACCUACCUUUCCAAAGGUACCAAAAGUGUCUUGGAGCCUCUUCUCUACCGACACCUGACUUUCACCACGCCCCAGGAUGUUAUGAGCAUUUUCAUCACUCUCGCCAAAAGACCUGAGCUUCGGGAUCAUGUUCAAUAUAUUGCUUCCUUCACUCCCUUGUCAGGUCCCGGCGUAAGAAAGAGGGAGUUGCCCAUUUGUAAGAAACUCUGGUUUAAGCGGUGUCCUUCUGACAAACCUGCCUUGAUGCGUCUUCUUGAUGGAGCUGGUCUCCACGAACUCGCUUGGUCGGCUUGCAUGCUUGAGAGAACAAAGCAGCGCUUCAUGUUUUCUACAGAUUUCAAGCACGACGGUAUAUUAGAGAUCAUGUUUGCUGCUAUCCUCUUCCUCACACCAAGAGUCACUACAUUCACGUGGCGCGAUAUGAACACCAACCCAAAGGCCUUUAUCUUAGACCGUAUCAUGAGUGAUGCAGUCAAAGGUGGUCUUUCCCUGAUGCCCAAGCUUCAGUACCUAAACACGGAAAAGUCGGCAUUCGUCGAAGCCAAGCAAGCACAGUUCUUCACCCCUCACAUCAACCUGUGGGAUAACCUGCACACUCUGUAUCUCAACGAUGUCGAUAUGGACGUCGAGUUCAUCGAGAUGCUAGCCAAGGGUGAUUUCAAGAAGGACCGGCCUAUCAAGGACCUCCAUAUCCUCUGUGUACCGGGAUCUGAGAAACCAGGCAGCAUGAGCUCGUUCCCACCUGGAUUCGAACUGUCAUCAACCACACUUUUGGAUGCUGACGAUCUCGAUAAGGACAAAGAAAAGUUCGAGGCAUUUCCCAACCUUGAGCUUCUCAGCGUCAGAUUCGUUCAUCACCAGGAACGCUACGAGAACGGCUCGCUCACCCUGAGAGCCUUCUUGCAUGCAGUCGGCUGCCCCAAGGUCUUGAGAUUGGAAGGCCAUAAGCUGCCAUUCAAUGUACUCGACACCGGCGUCACACACGACAAACUCACCUACCUCAAGGUUCGCGAGUAUGACCCGCAGUCUAGGUCAAGGACACUGCAAAGUGAAAGCCUCUUGACAGGACUCAAUUCGUGGUGGGGCGAGAAUUCAUCGCUGGUGCCGAACCUGACCAGGAUUGAUCUGGAUCACUACAGGUUCCAACGCGAGUAUCUCUCCGAGGAAAAGAAAACAGUCUGGAAAGUUGUUGGAGAGGACGAGUGGGAGGAUGACUCGAAUAAUGGGUUUGACGAUGAUGACGACGACGACGACGGUAGUAUUGAUGGGGAUGAGCCUGUUCGACACGUCUACGACAAUGUCUACUAUGAUCCGCAACUGGAUCAGUAUUUCGAGGGGUAUUCAACACUGAUGGCGGCUUUGCAAGAGAUGGGUAUUGAGCAUCAAAUCGGCCAUUAUCAUGGGUGA